GCCGAACAAGUUCACAUCUAGCCUUCCAGAAGAAGAUCAACCUGCAUACAGCGAUCUACAGCUGAAAAUUGCGAUAGAUCAGAAGCCAGCAAAAGCAUAAGUAUCGAAGCAUGGACCGCGCCCCAUCCAUUGCCGCCAUUGGCAUAAUCGGCCGGAGCAACAAUCCCCUGCACAUUGCUCUUUUCCCAGCAACCGGCUCAACGGACUCGCAAUAUGCCGCAGAGCGAGAUCAGCUAGAAUACCACAUGAUGCUCAAUUCUUGUCUGGACAUUUUCGAAGCACGGAUACCUUCUAAGACAGUCGGCCACGACUUCGGACUUCUCCACGCACUGGACGAGCGGAUAGCUAUGUAUGGCUGGCUCCUGAACACAGGCAUCAAGCUCGUGAUUGUUGUAGACAUGGAAGGACGGCAGGCGAGAAGUCCAGAGGAGGCGAAAUUGGGGGUGUUGGGGCUGAAGAAUAGUGAUCUCACACCAGCCUUUCAAGCUCUGCAGACUGCUUAUGUAAAUUUGCUGCGGAAUCCUUUCUAUGUGCCUGACGACCACGAUCCCAAGACAGCAAAGCAGAAAGGGAAUAUGCAGAUCGAGAGUCCGCGCUUCAUCAAAGAAGUCGACAGGAUUGGUAAAGUUUGGUUCCCAGGAAUGACUGCGAUCUGAGUGCUGGGGAAUCCCUCAACGCCUCUUUCACUGAUGAGUUGGCCCGAGGAGGUUGCGUACCGAAGGCCGACGGAAAAAGCAAGAGAGCUUUGAAAGUGGAUGUUUUAAAUUCUGCCUCUCACGGCACUGUCAGGGUUCAAGACUCAUCUGGUGGAGACGAUGAAUCCAUUUGCGCCGAAGCACAGUCCUGCCGGAAUCCUGGAGGUGGAGUCUGUUCCAAUUGACAUCUUUCCCCGCCAGCGUAUACUUACAACAAUAUCCCUAAGUGAUGGUGCCUUGGAGAGCUCCGCAGCGCGCUGCCUGCCAUGUUGGGCCUCGCGCAAGCGUGCAAGGGGUGUGGAUUGAGCUUCUUCGAAGUCCGUAGAACUCCAGUCUCGGGCCCUUCACCCAGCCACUGAUCUUGUCUUGGAUACGCAUUACUCCCGAACAAGUAUGAGAUGUAUUCCAACUUGGUUUCCGGC